UUCUCGUCUCCCCUCAAAAGGCAAAACCAAACAUACCCCUAACGAACCAGGGUUUGUUUACUUGUUAUCUCUGAAAAUCUACCAUUUUUUAUUUUAUUUAUAUUCAUCACAACCAGAGAUGCUUUUUUAGAGAGAAACAUGAAAGUUCAUCAUCCGAUUGAAGUGGCGAAGACGGUGUUGGAGGUCGCCGACGUGGCAUGGACUGCCGUUGAAUGCUGUCACCACUAUCACCGCGACGGCCGCAAGGAGGCGCCGUCUUCACCAUCUCUGAAAUCAAACAGAGUGGAAGGGGAUUUGGAGGCCUUGCGAUCAGAAAAUCAACGAUUAAGGCAACUGCUUGAACAAAAUCUAAAGCUUCUACAGCCUAUUCUACAAUCUCCUAAGUUAUUGCAAGAUUGCCCUUCAGAUCUCCAUGAUCGGCUUAUUGCUUCUGUCGAGUCUGGGAACUUUUUGAAGCAACUGGAAUAUCUCAAUCCAAAUUCAGCACCUGUGGAUGUUUGUAAAUUUCCUUUCAACGAGGCAUCAGAUUCUGACAUGGAAACGGCUGAGGUUCUGAUAAAGAUUGAUCUCGAAGAACCAAGUCGGUGGGUUUGGGUAACAGAUGAUAUGGCUCCCAAUAAUGUUGAGGAAAGGAGUGGAAUUGAUAACGAAAGUUAUGUAAUUGUUAACGAGGAUCUGAUUGUAGAUGCAGUUGCAAACUUCAUGGCUAGAUGCAUUAUGUCCAACAGGAAAGUUCAGAGCAUGACUCCCCAGCAGCUUCAAAAGACGCUGAAAAAAGCAUUGGGUGGCAUGAACAAGUUGGAAGCAAUGCUCAACAUUUGGAGUGCGGGAAAGUUGUUUUAUGCUUUCUCUACAUGGGGACUUGCUCUUGCAGGGUUGUACAGCAGUCGAAGUGUUCUGAAACUUGCUGCUUUGGGCGUUCACACAACCAGCAAAGUAGUUAUGAAAGCUCUUUGAGUUAGUGAAGUGGUAUGUGUAAGUGUACAGUAUAUUAUUUGAACUUUCGCUUGUAAAUACCAUCAAGGUUGUUCUGUCCUUGGAAACCGAAUCUUAUUCCAGAUAAGUGUAAACAGCAAUUGGUGUUGCUACUAUGCACUUUGAAGAUCAGUAUCAUUGUAAAUUCCAGAUCUGUGCCUUUGUGAAUUUCAAACCUUGUUUCCUUGACAAAUAUGUGUUGACUGGUAAUGUUCUUCUAUUUUCC